AUGUCCAAGUCAGAGUCUCCCAAAGAGCCCGAACAGCGGCGGAAGCUCUUCAUUGGGCACCUGAGCUUUCAAACAACUGAAGAGAGUCUGAGGAGCCAUUCUGAGCACUGGGGAACACUUACGGACUGGGUGGCUAUGAGAGAUCCAAACACCAAGUGCUCCAGAGGCUCUGGGCUUAUGACAUAUGUCCCAGUGGAGGAGGUGGAGGCAGCCAUGAACUCGAGGCCACACAAGCCAGAGGUCGAAGUGGUUCUGGAAGCUUUGGUGGCGGUGGUGGAGGUAGUUUUGGUGGGAAUGACAACUUUGAUUGUGGAGGAAACUUCAGCGGUCGAGGUGGCUUUGGUGGCAGUCAAGGUGACGGUGGAUAUGGUGGCAGUGGGGACAGCUAGAACAGAUUUGAAGCAUGAGACUGGACCUUUUGGAAGCUUCAUCCGGCCUAGUUAUGAGGAGGGCUUGAGGCCUAGUACCAACAAGGCUAAAAGGCCUCCUGCGCUCCUUUUCCGUGAAGCCCACACAUCAAUCUCAGACCUUCCCAUCAUGUCAACAAGUUCAAGCAGCCCGCUGAAGAGUGAGAAACCGCAAGAGAGUAACGGCGGCGGUGUCCCAGUCACCAACCAGCCAGCCUCUUCUGACCCAGGAGGCAAGGGUGAAGACAAGGAGUGGAUCCCCGUCACCACACUGGGCCCCCUGGUUAAGGACACAAAGAUCAAGUCCCUGGAGGGGAUCUAUACCUUCUCUCUGCCCAUCAGAGAAUCUGAGAUCACGGACUCUUUCCUGAGAGCAUCCCUCAAGGAUGAGGUUUUGAAGAUCAGGCCUGCACGAAAGCACCGUGCUACCCAGCAGACCAGGUUCAAGACAUUUGUUGCCAGGGAUUACAGUGGACACGUCGGGCUGGGUGUUAAGUGCUCCAAGGUGGUAACCACUACCACCCAUGGGGCCAUCAUCCUGGCCAAGCUUUCCAUGUGGCAAGCCUACCGGGGGAACGAGAUCAGCCCACCCAACGCUGUCCCAGGCAAGGUGACCAGCCGCUAUGGCUCUGCCCAAGGGCGCCUCAGCGCCCCCAGAGGUAUGGUUUCAGCCCCUGUGCCCAAGAAGCUCCUGAUGAUGGCUGGUGCUAACGACCGCUACACCUCACCCAGGGGCGGCACUGCCACACUGGGCAAUUUUGCCAUGGCUGUCUUCAACACCAUUUCCAAGACCUACAGCUGUGUCACCCCUGACCUCUGGAAAGAGACCGUGUUCACCAAGUCUCCCUAUCAGGGAUUCACUGACCAUCUUGUAAAGACCCACACCAGGCUCCUGCUGUGGCCACCACAUACAAGAAAAAUAAAGUGA